AUGUCUUUAGCAAGCUACUCCCCGAAUACCACAGCUCACGAGGAGACACCAGAACACACUGAUCUAGAAAAGGCACAAGAUGAACCAAAAGCAAACAAGAAACAGGAAGGUGGUCUGUUGCACCACAUGGAUCAAGGUUACGCCUGGGUUGUUUGCGUAUCUGUGAUCUUGCUCUAUAUGUGCACCUGGGGAACAAACAGUUGCUUCAGCAUCUAUUUUGCAAACUAUUUAACAACAGAUUCAUUUCCAGGUGCAACGAAAAUGGACUAUGCCUACAUUGGAGGCAUGGCAUUUGGGAUAGGCAUGUCAUUUUCCACGGCAAUAACGGUGAUCUUGGGGGUCAUUGGCUUAAGAAGCACCUUGAUUUUUGGCAACUGUCUCCAGUUUGCCGCACUAAUGUUGGCGAGCUGGACAACUAAAUUAUGGCAGUUGUAUCUUACUCAGGGCCUAAUGCAAAGCUUUGGGUUGGCGUUCGUCGCGAUCCCAGCAAUGACUCUACUACCACAGUGGUUUAAAAGGAGACGAGUGUUGGCCACGGGGCUUGGUGCAGGAGGCGCGGGUCUCGGGGGUAUUGUUUUCAAUUUGGGAAUGCAAAAAGUGGUCGAUACCAAGGGGGUGUUUUGGGCAUUGAGAGCUCAGAGUAUCAUUGCGUUUGGCUUGACCUGGAUUGCAAUCUUUCUAGUUAGAGACAAUGCGAAAAGCCACGGCAUCAAGUUUAAUUUUUUCGAAGUCUCGUGUAUGAAGUUUGCCGGGUUUUGGAUGUUGAUCCUCUUCACCAUCACUUGUGUGUUUGGUUAUGUGAUUGUGUUGUACACUUUGGCUAAUUUCACCACGAGCUUGGGGUACAGCGAACAGCAAGGUGCAAUCGUGACAGCCAUGAUCCACGUUGGCUCACUCUUUGGCAGACCAGCUAUUGGGUUCUUGGCUGACAAGUUUGGCGGUGCAACUGUUGGAGUGAUUGCUUACUAUGUCGCGGGGAUAUUUUGCUUAGGCAUGUGGAUCCCAGCUAGGAACUAUGCAACCUGUAUAAUAUUUGCCUUGAUUCAAGGCGCUUUAAUGGGCACAAUCUAUACUGUGAUUGCGCCAAUUGUGGCACGAAUCUUUGGCAUCAGGAAAAUGAACGUUGCAUUCGCCCAGGUUUUCACAUUUAUGGGCAUCUCGGGUAUUUUCGGACCGGUGAUUGGAGUCAAGUUGACAAAGGGCAGCGGGGCCACGGUUUUCCCUUCGAGUUAUAGAGACUGCUCGAUAUUCACUGGGGUAAUGUUCAUCACGUGCGCGACCAUAUUGUUGAUUAUCAGAGGCUACAUAAAAGCAAGAGACCGGGAACUAGUGGCAAAAGGAGAUGCUGCUACUGAUAUGGAUCAUGCAGAGAAUCCUACUGUAUCACCAGUACAUGUCUUUGAGCUGAUACUUGCCAGGGACGGCGAAAAGGCGUAG